UCGAGUUGCCCCCCGCACGCGCGCGCGCGACCAUGUCUCCGGUAUCGGUCGCCGCCGCCGCCGUCUUCUCCGCGCUGUGGACCGCCGCCUGCGUCCGAGCAGCCGCCGGCCUGGAGCCUAGCAUCGACUUGCUGGAGGCUCUGCAGCUCCACAACUCGAGUCGGCAGGGCGUGAGCUCUGUCCCCGGUCCCCAAGGACUGCGACCCGCCGUCUACCUGCAGGGUGAUUUCCGCGACCUGAGGCUGCCGCAGUCGCUGUACCAGAAGGUGGCGGAGAGGAUGCGCCACAACCCCGAGUUCACGCUCGCCGCCUCGGUCAAGCAGGAGGUGGACAACAGCGGCACCAUCGUGUCCUUCUCGCACGGCUUCACCAGGUACCUGGAGGUGCAGUCAAGCGGCCGCAAGGACGAGGUGCGGCUGCACUUCGUGCCGCAGCAGCAGCAGCAGCAGCAGCAGCAGCAGCACGAGGCCAGCGUGCACGUGGAGUCGUUCCCGUACCGGCUGGCCGACAACACGUGGCACAAGCUGGCCGUGUCGGUGAGCGGCUCGCAGGUGGAGCUGCUGGUCGACUGCCACCCGCUGUACCGCCGCUUCGUGCGGCCGCCCGACCGCAACUUCUCCUCGCCGCAGAUGGCGCUCUGGCUGGGCCAGAGGAACUCCAAGCACUCCCUCUUCAAGGGGGCGCUGCAAGACGUAAGACUGAUAUUCGGGCCGCACGGCUACCUGUCGCAGUGCCCGUCGCUGGACUCCACGUGCCCCACGUGCGGGCAGUUCUCGCUGCUGCAGGGCGCCGUCGACCAGCUGCGCCGCAACCUGCAGGACCUCACGGACAGGCUGGCGGCGGCGGAGGGCCGUAUCGGCGUGGUGGAGCAGUGCGACUGCCGCAAGUCGUGCCGCUCGGAGGACGGCCUGCAACACGAGGACGGCUCCAGCUGGCGGAGAGGCUGUGAUACCUGCACGUGCACGCACGGAGUGGUGGAGUGCCGACCAGUGCAGUGCCCGAACAUAACCUGCAAGCACCCGGUCACCAACCCGGGGGAGUGCUGCCCGAGCUGCCUCAAGCAGUGCCUGCUGCGGGGAGAGCUGUACGACCACGGGGUGUCGGUGAGCCUGCAGUGCGUGGAGUGCGAGUGUCGCGACGGGUCCAUGCGCUGCAGCCGCAUCAAGCCGGAGACCAUGUGCCCGCCGCUGCCCUGCCCCGUGUCGCACCAGUUCAGCGUGCCGGGCAACUGCUGCAAGUUCUGCCGAGGUGUUGACUACUGCAUUAAGGGCCACAUGUGUCACGAGAAUGCCACCUGCCUCAACUUACAGACCACUUACGCCUGCCAGUGCAAUGCUGGCUUCUUUGGCGACGGAUACAUGUGCCACGACGUGGACGAGUGCCUGCAGGAGGGCGGCGAGGAGGGCCACCACUGCCACAGCAACACGCGCUGCGUCAACACGCACGGCAGCUACGUGUGUGAGUGCCUGCCCGGGUACCGGCGCCAGGACAAGUUCAACUGCGUCGAGAUGGACGAGUGCGUCGAGGGCAAGCACGACUGCCACCCGCACGCCGACUGCGUCAACGUCCUCGGCAGCUACCACUGCGCCUGCAGGCCGGGCUACUCGGGCGACGGCUACUCCUGCCAGCCGGUGUGCAACCAGACCUGCCUGAACGGCGGCGAGUGCCGGUCGCCCGGUGUGUGCUCCUGCCGCAAGGGCUACAGCGGCGGCAGCUGCGAGCUGGACCUGGACGAGUGCGCGUCCAACCUGCACCGCUGCAACGAGCACUCGGUAUGCGUCAACAUGCCGGGCUGGUACUACUGCAAGUGCAAGGCCGGUUUCCGCAGCAUCUUCAAGGGCGACACGCUGGGGACCACGUGCGAAGACAUUGACGAGUGCGGAGAAGGACUGCACACCUGCUACGGGACGGCGCGGUGCGAGAACACGGACGGAGGAUUCCGGUGCUCCUGUCCGGCCGGCGACGCCGCCUGCAAGCUGAGCUGCAGCUUCGAGGGCCGCGAGCUGGAGGACGGGUCGACGGCGCGGCCCGCGGCCGACCCCUGCCGGCUGUGCGAGUGCUCCGCGGGCGUGCUGGCGUGCCGCGACCCCGCCUGCAACUGCAGCGGCGGGCCGCCCGCCCACGAGGCCCACUGCUGCCCGCAGUGCAGCCCGGACAAGGCCUGCCAGCACCAGGAGCUGCUGCACGUGUCGUUCCGCAGCGGCGAGCGCUGGGUGUACCAGUGCCAGACCUGCGAGUGUCUGCUCGGCGAGACGGACUGCUGGCCGAUGGAGUGCCCACCCUUGACGUGCAGUGAGCCGGUGCUGGCCGCGGGCGACUGCUGCCCGCGCUGCGCCGACGACCCCUGCGCGCUCGACGACGCCUCUUCCUCCUCCGCCGUGGCGGCGCCGGGCCAGCCCUGCACCUACGAGGGUCGCCUCUACGACUCGGGCAACCAGUGGCGCCCCGCUAACGAUAAGUGCACAGCCUGCAGCUGCAAAGACGGACGCCUUUGCUGCAGCUAUGAUUUCCAGUGCAGCGCUGGCGUCGUGGCUGAGCGGCGGCGCGGGCUCGCCGGCCCUGCUCCUCGCGGCGUCGCUGCGCUGGCUGCUGCGACUGGCGCACCGCAAGCAGGCGUUCGGCCGACUGCGGAGGUCGCGACGCCCGCCGGCGAGCCGGUAGGCCAGGCCCCGGGCCGCUGAUGGCCAGGGCGGACCCCCGCGCGUGCUCCGAGUCCACCCUUAUUUAUUUAAAAACAAAAAAAACACGCCGACGUGGACUGGGUGAACUACAAAUAAAAAAAAAAUUUCUUGAGCGUGUGUCAAAGGAGGAAUCCGAACUAAACGAAGAGGAAGAAAAACGUGGGCUCCACGGGCGAGAUGGAGCGUCGGGGACGUCGAAGACGACAAACGCAAGCUAUACAUAGAGAGCAAUAUGAGAGAGGUUAAACUUAACAUUCCGGGAGGUUAUGAUUUAAAAAGAAAAAAAAAUUUUUUGUCAUGUUUGUAGAUGCAUUUCAAGCAUUGAGUCUUUAGCGCAAUAAUACCAAUUACUAAUAUUAAUAAUGAAGCUGAUCACAGUUCCCGUAACUUCGAUUACGAAAAAAAAAAUAAUAAUAUCUGUUUAAAGUGUUAGUUAGCUGUAAGUACUGGGGUUUCAAAUUGCACAACGCAUUAUCCACAGUAGAAGUGAAAAGUCCUGACCCACGCAGUGAACGUGACACGUGCUGUCUACUGUCGUAUUAUCAUGUUGUUUACGGUAAGAGGACAAGGCAUUAGGUUGUUGAUGAUUUACAUGCGAGUAGAGUAGCAACUACUCUGUUCUCUAUACCUUGCUGCAGCCGCUGGAGACUUCAGAGGAGUGUAUUACAAUGUGAUAUAAUGUUUACUGUAUUAUUAUUUGCAACUGGUGCUUUAAUGUGGUGUAAUAAUUGUGUAUUAUAAUAUAUAAUUGUAUGUAAACCUUCAAAGAUACUUUUUUUUUAUAUUCUUGAGAUAAAACUUAAAAAACAGUUUGCCAUUCAUGUUCAUAGGAGUGUUCAGUAAGUUUAAUAUUUUAAAGGUGGUUAUAUCAACUGUUAUAUCUGAACAAUAGAUAACUUUGAGGUAUAUGAGUAUUCUUUAGGAAAUAUAACAAAUUUUUGUGUUUUUGGUGUGGCUAGUAAGCUCCAAAAAUUAAUUGAAUUAAAAAUUUUGAAGUAAUAUAUAUUUUCAAGGUUCUUUCUUUAGGUAAGACUAGACUGUGAGAAUUCAACUUUUCAAUCAUAAUUACUUUAGUCCACUAUUAAUCAGUAUUUUUGAAGUGAUUUCCUUGAUUGAAUGCCUUGCUGGCAUGAGAAGAGCUUACAUGUGUGAGAGCAUUUGUAAAAAGUGUAGAUGUCUACCACAUAGAUGUUUCUCUGAAUAGUUAUUAGAUUGUAGAUGGAAAAGUAAAAAACUGUGAGUGUGCCUUUCAUCAUUAUCUAUUUAGACUUGAGUGACAAAUAAGGCUUUACUACAUUUCCUUGGAAUAGUGUAUACAUGUUGCACAUGCUUCCAGAAUUUUACUGUAAAUAUGUUGGAUGUGUUUGAGGUUUUCACUGUGUGUAAUUUUUACAAGCAGGCUUGCAAAUGGUAACUGGUAAAGAGGCCUGUAAUCAUAGUUAAAUAAGAAUCUCGUAAUGGACUGUGGUCUUUAAAUAGCCAUUUGGUUUGUUCAACCCGUUCACUCUGUUUUCUCGUUGAAGAAAUUACAUCAGUACCUACUUCAACGUGUGACUGUAAAGUUCAAACCCACUUAGGACACAAUAGACCCCAGCAGACUGUAUUAAUGUUUAAAUGCUGCUAAAAUGUUAAUUUAUAGUUUAUUCAAAUGAACUUUUGCUAAAUUUAAUUUUUUGUCUUUUUGUUGUAGUUUUACACAAUAAUGAUGUAUUAUUUAAUAACUAAAGAAAUGUGAGCUACUCUAAUUGUAAAGGUGCUAAUGAUUCUCCAAUGAAUUGAGUGAGUUACUGGACAUUAAAAAUAUGUCUUUAGACAAAUACAUAAAGUUAAAUAAAUCAACAACGUUUCAUUGAUUGCCAGACAGUCGGCAAUAGCUUGUACAAAUAAAGAGAGUAAUUAAAUUUGAUGGCAUUUGAAGCAUUAAAAAUUGUACAUGUCUGUAGUCAUAAAUACUCAAAAAAUUACAUAGAUGUUACCAUUUUCAAGUUAAAUAAUAAUUACAUUUCAAAUGAUUUUCCGAUCUAAUAAAUAUACAUACCAGAGGAGGUUCCGAUAAAUGUCUUGUUUAAUUUUUGAUUGUAGAACUACACUUAUACACUCCCUGCAGUGCAAAAUUAUUGUAAUCAGCAAAGAACAUAUUUUUAUAUGUAUUGCUGGCAUGAACCAUUCUAGCUAAAACUAUGGUAACAUCAUUAAUUGACAAUUGGUUUUCAACUUUCUAGUAGGAACUAAUUUAUGAAUUGCAUACCAAAAUAUGAACAAAUUUUAAAAUUCUUGUCAGUUAAAAGUCACUUAUUUAGAAUUAUAUCAUAAAGAAAAUUCUUUGGGGCUUAUGUACCACACUAAUCCACUAAAGAUUUGUAUUUUGAGCCUAAUAUCAGUUACUUUUCUUGUUAAAACCCUCCCCAACAUUAAAUUUUGAUAGUGACUGCUUGAAGAAACAUCUUGUUGAAAAAAAUUUUAAAGAAAAUCAUCAAUAUAUUGUUUGCUUAUUCGUGGUAUUAAAAUUGUAUUUAUAUUAAGACGUGUAUUUUAUGAAUAUCUCUCUGGCAAUGAUAACUUGUAUUUUAACAAAGAUUAUCUCUAUUCUUCCGUUAAGUUGUAAUAUUUUUUAUUAUUAGACUAAUGCAGAAUGCAAGUGAAAAAUGAAUAUGUGAAACUUUUUGAGACUAUUAGCCCAUAGGCCCUAAUUUCAUUAUUUGUCAAAAAAAAAUUUCAAAUGCAUAUACAAUAAUGUUGUAAAUAGUGCUUAUACACUGAAAAAAUUAUGUAUUUAAUAGCUGCGAAUUUUUGUGCUUGGUAUUUAACAGACAAGUGGACAAAAGAUCAAAUUUGAAAGGAAAAAAACAGAUGCGUGCGGCUGUCAGUUUUUGUGCAAAUCAUUACAAAUGUACUAAAUAUAGCCUAUAUCAUAGCUAGUCUUCCCACUUGGCGAGACCUGAUAUCAUGAAGCGUACAUGUAGCCGUUUCAUGGUUCAUUCAUCAGACAUUGAUAAAGGUGUUAUGUGUUGCAGGAUAUUGUGUAUUUCAUGUACAACGUAACGUGGCUUAACUGCAUUUUAGCGCUGUGGGAUGUAAGACUGUGCACACAUUUACCUAUGUACUAUACAGCCGCAGAUGUUACUUUCGGCUGUGGGCAGCUCCGAUAUCGCUUCCCUGCUGAGUGGACACUUGGGAAAACAAUCAUUUCGAUUUACUUUUGGUUUCACAAAAUUCUUACAUAAUUGAAAAGCAGUGUGUAAGCAUUUACCAAAAAAUUUUUUUUUCAAAUGUUAAGGAUUUCUUGAUUAUGUAAACAAAUAAAAUUUGCAGUGAAAUGAAUUACGAUGCUGUGAGGCAUUCGUUUAGAGGUACUAUUUUUCCUUGAAGACAGUUUCACAGAGUAACUAUUCUAGUCAAAAAAAAGUACCAUCAGUUUAGCUGUAGUGAUGAAUAAUGUACCUAAGGUACGAACAAGUUUAUUGCUGCUAGUCUAGAGGUCCGUGUUUUUGGAUCCGAUGAAGCAGCGUAUAACCUGAUGAAAUUGGUUUCUGGUGCCUGUUCUCGAAAACCAUAAAGAGAGCCAGCAUCACCGACCAUUGCGAGUGCUGUUAUCGUGUACGUACUGUAGGAAUAUGCCCUAUGAUACUAACGUGUAAACUUUAGUUCCUCAUUUUAAUAAUUGUAAUGAGAGUAUCGUAAGAUAUUGUAUAUCCAGAGUUGUUGGAAAAAAACUGUUUCGAAACUGUGGUGAUAGUUUGAAAGGUGUUUUAACUGUUACCCUUUAUUUAUAACUGUUUAUGUUUGAGUUACACACAUUCGAGAACACAGGUAAAGUGGACAUUUUUUUAAAAUGUUCCCAUUUAGAAGAUUUGAAUGAUGUAUUAUUGUUCUCAGCACAAAUCUCAAUCCAUUAUAUUCAAGUCAAGUGUCAGGCAAAGAAGUGUAUUUAUGUUUAAUGUAAAAAGAAAAUAUCUACGUUCAUUAUAAUCCACGAGGAAAACUUGAAUGUUUUGGAUCACCAAAGUUUUUUUUUUUUUUUCCCUUGUUUUGUUUUGGUUAUUUGUUUCCAUCAAGAAAUAAUCUUGUGUUGGGUUCACGGGAGUGUCGACAGGUGUGUGUGACUGGGGCCUGAUGCCGGUGGUCGAUAAACUUAGUGGUGUCAGCAGGGGCGGGGAAAGCCGGGCGAACACAGAGGGUCGAUGUUUUGCACUUUUAUUUAUGUUGUUUUGUAGUGUUCUUUUUAAAAUAUGGCCAUUAACGAGGAAAAAGAAAAUUAAAGUUUUAUCGCCAGGUAGAUUAAAAUGCUGAUUAAUACAAAUUUCAAUUCAUGAAUUCGUAUUGGGAAAACUUCCAAAUAUUUUACUGCCACGUAUAAUCACGCGAUUAUGCCAGAAUUUGAUUGUAAGCAUUUAUAAAACUGACCCGGAGAAAACUUAUUGUAGGAAAGAAUAUCAACAUUUCUCAAGAUAAAUUAGCAAAAUGAUCGUACAAAAUUUAAGUUCCAGGUUGGCUUGAAAUUUUGCUGAAAGAGUUAGGUUAGCAAAUUUUUCUGGGGAGGGCCUCCAUAAAAAUAAAAAACAGAGCCCCACAAAGUCCUAACAUGCCAGCUUAUCCUCUGGGUAUUUUGUCAUGGGCUCCCCGUAAUGAGACACCGGGGUCUGUGAACUACCAAUAGUCUGAUUUUAAAAAAAAAUUCUACUAUACACUUAGCUUUAGGUUUUUAAUGUAUUGUGACUUGCAUGUCCAAAAUUCAAUGAACCUUUUUUUUAAUUAAACAGAAAUAUAUUUCUAAUUUUGUACAAAUACAUGAAAACAACUGUAUCACUGCAAAAUAGCGUUAACAGUAAUACUGGGUUCGGAGUCUCGCCCGGUCAUUUAUGCUUUGGUUUUCAUGUAACUCCAAUAUUUAGUUAUUUGUAAAACUUUCCCCGAAUAGCUUUCCAGUAUUAACUAUUUAUCUCAAAAUAAUUAUUUCAUAUAUGCGAAAAUAUUCAUAGCCGUGUGUUGUUCAACAUUAUAGUAUCUUUCUUGAAGUAUUACAAACUAUUAGGUACUUGGCAACUGGUUUCCAAAAAAAAAAUCUUUUGUAGAAGUACAGAAAAUCUUUUUUUUUCUGUGUAGUACGACUACCAUGUGGUAUUUAAAAACUGUCGCAGAACAGGGAAAAAUUAACAACAAAUACAAAUAUUCAAUUUUGACAGCCACAAUUCAGUUUCAAUGUAAUUUGUGAUUCACAGCGAUGUUUCAUUAUUUUUCAAUUAAAAUAACUUGAUUCAGGCAUGUGCACGAACAAAUUUCGAGUGUAACGCCGUUGCCAGUAGUGACGUCACGGCCCUGUGAGCCAUGGCCGUCUAGUGUUCGCUGCAGGCUAGUGCGCCAUUGAUUCGCUAGCUGGCGCCCUUUGCUAGCAAUCCCAGCCACCUCAGACACCCAAGUCGUUCCUUCAGCCCUGGAUGCAGUCCUCAACAAGGCGGUGGGUGUCAGGGUAGAAACACUAACUAAUCAAAUCAUGUUCCUAUCAUUGUCAUCAGGUGAAAAUAAAAAAAAAAAAUUAAUGAAAACCAGUUGAAGUAAAGAAUAAAAUUUUAAAUGCAAAAAAUCGACUAAAAUUAUAAAUAUAAUCAUAAAUGUCAUAUAAUUAUGUCAUUUAUUGUCCCAUUUCUAUCGCCUCUUUAACAUGUGCACAGCAAAAUUUUAAAGGCAAUAUAUUAUACAAUGUGUGCUUGAAACAAAUAAUUCCUACUAUUUGGCUAGCAUAAUAAACUAGCUUUAUUUAAAUAAUUUUGCAACUAAUACAAAAUUCAUUAAAUAUUCUGUAGAUAAUAGAAUGGAAAUAACAUGUAUAUAACUGUUUCCAUGUCAUUUCGCUUUCCACACAAAAUUGAUGGGCCAGGUUAAAUUUAAAAUUGGGGUGUUUCAUGAAUCAAAUGUGGACACCUUGAGAUUUAAAUGCAAGUCAUUCAAAUAUGCACCUACCCUACGAAGUGGUAACGCACGCUCUAGAAGGCAGGACGAACUAUACAAGGCAUCCAGGAAAUUGUGUUCUGAUGGCCCUUUACCCUGUGACGGUGCUUACGUGAACCCAAGUCAAGGUUUAAAAAUAAAACCUGUGUGCAUAUGUAUAACAAAAUCGUACUGUAAUUAAUUUGUAUAGCGAAAUGUAUUAUGUAGAUAGAAUUUUUUAAAAAUGAGAGAGAGAGAGAGAGUUGAAAGUGAAUUUGUACAGAGACUAGAACAUAGUCUGUUCUGUGCUCGUGUUACAUUCACGGUGAGAAUAGUUGUGAAUGUUUCACGAGUCACGUACAGAAUUCAGUACUAGUAUUUCUGGUUGUCUGACAUUAAAUUAUGUGUAUUUAUUGUGUAUUAUAUGGCACAAGGAACACAUUGUAAAUACAAAUCUUUAUUCCAACAUACAAGAGAGAAAAAAAUUGUACAAAUAUUGAUUUAUUUUGUCUCGUUAAAAGCUGUCUGUUAUUUUACUGGGAUUUCUGAAAUAAGAUAGUGUGUUUUCAUGAAUGGAAGCAAUCUAAUCAGUAUUUAAUUUAUGCAUUAAAAUAAUUGUGUAUUUCAAGUUGUGACUUUUUUGGGCAAAACAAUAACAUUUAUAGGCAUUAAUAAAAACAAAUUACAAAAAAUAGCUAAUUAUAAAUUGACCUUGUGUAUUAAGUUCAGGAAAAUGUUAUAAAUAAAAAACAGCUUUAUGCA